AUGUCAUCACUUGUUGUGACACCAAACUAUCAUGAGGAACGAAGGCGUUCUGUCCUGCCAACAAACACGCCCAACAGUCUACGACCACAUUCCUCUACCUUUGAACCUGACUCCAGCAACGUGGAUGAGUCUAUGGGCUCCUCCCUCCUUCGAAGCGCUAGUUUUGCAGCCAACAACUUUCGACGCAUGUCUCGAGUGUUUAGAGAUGAAGGACCAACAAAAGGCUUUUUGCGAGCUGCUAUGGGUGAUUCAAACCGUCCAAAAUACAUGCAAUUGGCGUUGGAGAACGAUGAGCUUCACGCGGAGUGGAAGAGGCUGAAAGGCUAUGCACAGAACUUCGGAGAGGAGUACAAAGAGAGCAAAGUGGCAAUGAUGUUGGAUCCCUAUAGACGAUACAAACGACUGUGUGCAAUGGUGAAAAAAUUGGUGCUGCACUUACGACUGAACGAUGCAACACCAUUGUCGGGCUCUGCCGCAGGCAGAGGAAGUGGAUUCAAAAGUAAAUCGAGUUUUCCAAGUGGUCAGGUGCUUCAAAGCUGCGUGAAGGAGAGAGAGAUGAGACAAAAGCACACAAACAUGUGCGACUGUAAGUUGCACUGA